GCCCGCCAGCCGGGGCCAUGGGCUGCGACGGCCGCGUGUCCGGGCUGCUCCGCCGCAACCUGCAGCCCACGCUCACCUACUGGAGCGUCUUCUUCAGCUUCGGCCUGUGCAUCGCCUUCCUGGGGCCCACGCUGCUGGACCUGCGCUGCCAGACGCACAGCUCGCUGCCCCAGAUCUCCUGGGUCUUCUUCUCGCAGCAGCUCUGCCUCCUGCUGGGCAGCGCCCUCGGGGGCGUCUUCAAGAGGACCCUGGCCCAGUCACUAUGGGCCCUCUUCACGUGCUCCCUGGCCAUCUCCCUGGUGUUUGCUGUCAUCCCCUUAUGUCGAGACGUGAAGGUGCUGGCCUCUGUCAUGGCGCUGGCGGGCCUAGCCAUGGGCUGCAUCGACACCGUGGCCAACAUGCAGCUGGUGAGGAUCUACCAGAAGGACUCGGCCAUCUUCCUCCAGGUUCUCCAUUUCUUUGUGGGCUUCGGUGCUCUGCUGAGCCCCCUGAUUGCCGACCCCUUCCUGUCUGAGGCCAACUGCUUGCCUGCCAAUGGCACGGCCAACAUCACCUCCGGCAGUCACCUCUUCCAUGCGUCCAGGGUCCUGGGCCAGCACCACGCUGAGGCAUGGCGGUGGUCCAACCAGUCGCUCUCCAGGUUGCCUCCACAGGAUGGAACAGGGACCCGUGUGUCGUAUGCCUUCUGGAUCAUGGCCCUGAUCAAUCUCCCGGUGCCCAUGGCCGUGCUGUUUCUGCUGUCCAAAGAGCGGCUGCUGGCCUGCUGUCCUCAGAGGAGACCCCUGCUCCUGUCUGCAGAUGAGCUCGCCCUGGAGACACAACCUCCUGAGAAGGAAGAUGCCUCCUCCCUGCCCCCAAAGUUUCAGCCACACCCAGGCCACGAGGACCUGUUCAGCUGCUGCCAGAGGAGGAACUUCAAAGGGGCCCCUUACUCGUUCUUCGCCAUCCACAUCACAGCGGCCCUGGUCCUGUUCAUGACGGACGGGAUGACGGGGGAGUAUUCAGCCUUUGUGUACAGCUAUGCAGUGGAGAAACCACUCUCUGUGGGGCACAAGGUGGCUGGUUACCUCCCCAGCCUCUUCUGGGGCUUCAUCACCCUGGGUCGGCUCAUCUCCAUUCCCAUCUCCUCCAAAGUGAAGCCAGCCACCAUGGUUUUCAUCAAUGUGGUCGGCGUGGUGAUGACGUUCCUGGUACUUCUCGUUUUCUCCUACAACGUCGCCUUCCUGUUCGUGGGGACAGCCAGCCUGGGCCUGUUCCUCAGCAGCACCUUCCCCAGCAUGCUAGCCUACACGGAGGACAUUCUGCAGUACAAAGGCUGUGCGACCACGGUGCUGGUGACAGGGGCAGGAAUUGGCGAGAUGGUCCUCCAGAUGCUGGUUGGUUCGAUAUUCCAGGCUCAGGGCAGCUAUAGUUUCCUGGUCUGUGGCGUGAUCUUUGGUUGCUUGGCUUUCACCUUCUAUAUCUUGCUCCUGUUUUUCCACAGGAUGCACCCUGGACUCUCAUCAGUUCCUACCCAGGACAAAGCCCUAGGAAUGGAAAGCUCAGAGUGCUACCAGAGGUAAAGCUGGGUGAAGGGGGCCGGCGAAGACCGCCAGGCUCUUGGGCACAGACCCAGGUGUUCGAGACAAUCGGGGGAGGCAGUGGAGGCCCAUCUCUCCACGCCUUGGCUCGGAUCUUCUCCGCUAAUCCUUGGUUGGGUAGAUGAGAUUAAAUUGACUUCUGGGAACCUGGAUCCUCCCGAGGCAAAUCAUUAGAAGUUUACUGGAUGGAUAUUCAAGUUCCCUUCCUCUUCCCUGGUUUGGAUCUUUGGUCAGAGCUGUCCAGGACACCCAGAAGGGAAGGAAGAAGACAGCCAUACGCUUCACUCCCUUGGCCACCUCUUGCAUGGACCACACCCUGCCUGGGUUUGAAGAUCACUUUUAGUUGAAGUUUGGCAAGAAUAAGUUGAAAUUGUAAAGUUCAAUGAUCAUGGCUAGAUGUAGAUAUAUUUUAAAUUGGUCAGAAACAAACCCCAAGUUAUUCCCUGGCAUGCUCAAAGGAUGUAUGUGCUUUUUACUUUUUGAGAGUCCAAAGUCCCUCAAAUUCCAGUUGCUGCUAUCAGUAGUUCAUUUAACAUCUAAAACAUGAAAAGGAAAAGUUGAAUCUUGCUAUCUUUGGGACACUAAUUCAGUGGUAUGCUGGGCUAGCUCAGACUCGCUUAUAAAAGCCGAUGGUUAAAAUUUCAUUUCGAGAGCUGGUUGUUAAACACAGCCAUUAUUCAAAAUGGAAUUAUAGAAACUUACAAUCAAUUACAUUAAAAACAAAGAUCAUAACCACUCAAAACUCAUCACUUCCUUGAGGUUUUUUAUGUGUAUUGUAUCUGUAUAGUGGAAAGGUGUGCU